GCGAAGAAGAAGGAGAUCGCUGCACAGCGCGCGCGCACGCCGCCGUCUCCCUCCUCCCUCCGCCUCCGUCCAACAACUGCGCCUUCUUGGUCGAGGCUUUGAUCCCCCAGCGGCUCCACAUGGCGUCGCUCUCCCUCUCCCUCCGCGCCUCCGCCUCCGCGUCCCCGGCCGCCGCCGGAUCCCGCGCCGCCGACCCCAUCAAGGUGUCGUGCGUGAGGAGCAAGGUCGCCUCCAGCUUCCCUUCCGUCGGAGCUUCCUCUUCGCUUGCUAGAAGCAUUGAGCCGGUAAGAGCCACUGCUACACAGGCUCCCCCUGCCACCCCUCAAUCUUCUAGUGGUGAGAAGACCAAGGUUGGCAUCAAUGGUUUUGGUCGGAUUGGGAGGUUGGUUCUGAGAAUUGCGGUCAGUAGGGAUGAUAUCGAAGUUGUGGCUGUUAAUGAUCCAUUUAUCGAUGCUAAAUACAUGGCUUAUAUGUUUAAGUAUGAUUCUACGCAUGGUCCAUUUAAGGGAACCAUAACAGUUCUGGAUGAGUCAACCUUGGAGAUAAAUGGGAAGAAAGUUUCAGUUACAAGCAAAAGGGACCCCUCAGAUAUCCCUUGGGGUAACUUUGGAGCUGAAUAUGUUGUUGAAUCAUCUGGUGUUUUUACAACAAUCGACAAAGCUUCAGCUCACUUGAAGGGAGGUGCAAAGAAAGUGGUCAUAUCUGCUCCGUCAGGAGAUGCUCCCAUGUUCGUGGUUGGAGUGAAUGAGAAGAAUUACAACCCUAGCAUGAAUGUCGUCUCUAAUGCAAGUUGUACCACCAACUGCCUCGCUCCUCUUGCCAAGGUUGUCCAUGAGGAGUUUGGCAUUCUUGAAGGCCUAAUGACAACUGUCCAUGCCACAACAGCCACCCAGAAGACUGUUGAUGGUCCUUCAAUGAAAGACUGGAGAGGAGGACGUGGGGCUAGCCAAAACAUCAUCCCUAGCUCUACGGGUGCAGCAAAGGCUGUUGGAAAGGUCCUUCCAGCAUUAAAUGGAAAGCUGACUGGCAUGGCCUUCCGAGUUCCUACAGCUAACGUAUCUGUUGUUGAUUUGACCUGCCGGCUUGAGAAAAGCGCUUCCUAUGAAGAUGUGAAAGCAGCUAUCAAGGAAGCAUCAGAAGGUUCGCUGAAAGGUAUCUUAGGCUAUACCGACGAGGAUGUUGUUUCAAAUGAUUUCGUUGGUGAUGAAAGGUCGAGCAUAUUUGAUGCCAAUGCUGGCAUGGGUCUAAGCUCUUCUUUCAUGAAGCUUGUCUCUUGGUACGACAACGAGUGGGGCUACAGCAACCGGGUGUUGGACCUGAUUGGGCACAUGGCUCUUGUCAGCGCUUAGUGGUGAUGCCUCAAUACUAUUAGCACAGAAGGUCUCUUCGUGUAGUGUAGGAAGUGGAGGCUGCAUUACUCGUGGCCAUUUUCGUAUCCUGGAAUAAUUUUGUAUGAUGAACACAAUCAAUCGACGUCGACUUGAAGCAGCAGAAAUCUGCAAACCAAUAACUGAAUUCUUGCGGGUGGGCAGUAAGCUGACCUCGCACUCGUUGGCUACCAUAUGAGGGCGUUGCCCUGUUGGUGACAUCCAUCUUUGUUUUGCACCUUCAGGUAGGAAAUUGUGACUGCCUGGGACAUAUCUGGUGUGUAGCCUAUGCUUCUUUUGGAUUAAUCUUCACUACUGUUGCUUGACGCUGCUCUAAACCUAAAACUUUGUGCUGUCUUA